ACUUCGAACUCACACCACACCAUGUCAAUUUCAUAAAAUGUUUUAUAAAUAUCAAAAUCCGUUUUUUUAAUGAAAUUUUAAAACACAAAAAUUUGAUAAAAUAAUUUAGAAAACCUUUCCCUUUCGUAACAAAGCUGGCUUGGGCAAAGACGCUAUAAAAUCUCAGUCGUUGAAUAAAAUUAUUUUUCAAAAUCAAAUAAACCCUGAAACUAUUUUUUUAUUUAUUUUUGCGCGCAAAAUUUAAAACCUUAUAGAUAAAAUUGCGCGUUUCCUGAAGCAACUCUCUAGUAAUUAUUCAAUUGCUGCCGUAUGAAUUCUGAUUCGAACUGAUAAAAAGUAAUUAAUUGGAGAAUCAGAAUUUCGAAUCUCCGAGAGUGGUUUGGUUUUUCGGAUUAGGGCUCGUUAUCUGGAGCCAAACGGAUAGAUGAUUUUGUUUUGUAUUUGAAAGGAUACUGCAAAUUUUUUGGAGGGUUGUUGUUGUUUGAUGUGAAGUCAGAUGAUGAUGAGCAGGAAAACCAGUAAUUGCGCUAUUUGCGAGAAUUCAAACCUCGCUUCUAUUUGCGCCGGGUGUGUCAAUUACAGGUUGUCUGAUCACUACAAUACUUUAAAAGCAUUAAAGAGCCAUCGGGAUUCCUUGUACUUAAGAUUGAGUGAAGUGCUUGUUGCUAAGGGGAAGGCAGAUGAUCAACGUAGUUGGAGAGUGUUUCAAAAUGAAAAGCUUGCAAGGUUAAGGGAGAAGCUUCGCCAUAAUAAAGAAGAGCUUGUGAAAGGGAAGGCUAGGAUUCAGAAGACCUCCUACGAUCUAAAAGUCAAAUAUGCAUUGCUUGAAUCAGCCAUUUCUACGUUGGAAAAGAAUCGUGGGGAACAACUGGAAAAGUUCUACCCUAACUUUAAUUACACUCAGGGCUUAGGGCUUAUGGCAAUUACCUCUGAACGUCUUCAUAAGCAGUCUGUCGUUAUAAAAAAAAUAUGUAAAUUGUUCCCCCAACGCAAGGUUAUUACAGAAGGAGAGAGAAAAGAUGGGUCUAAUGGUCAAUAUGAUCAAAUUUGCAAUGCACGCUUACCAAGAGGACUCGAUCCACACUCUGUUCCAUCAGAAGAGCUUGCUGCCUCUUUGGGGUACAUGGUGCAACUCCUAAAUCUUGUUGUUCAGAACUUGGCUGCUCCAGCACUUCAUAACUCUGGUUUUGCGGGCUCUUGCUCACGAAUAUGGCAAAGAGAUUCUUAUUGGGAUGCACGUCCUUCUUCUCGAAGCAAUGAGUAUCCCUUGUUUAUACCGCGCCUAAAUUAUUGCACCAAUAGUGGGGAAAAUUCAUGGUCAGAUAGAAGCUCAAGUAAUUUUGGUGUUGCUUCUAUAGAAUCAGAGAGGAAGCCUCGCCUGGAUUCUUCUGGAAGCAGUAGCUUUAAUUACUCUUCUGCUUCUCCACAUUCUGUUGAAACACACAAGGACUUGCAAAAAGGCAUUUCACUUCUUAAGAAAAGUGUGGCGUGCAUAACAGCAUACUGCUACAACUCAUUGUGUCUAGAAGUUCCUUCUGAGGCAUCUACUUUUGAAGCAUUUGCAAAAUUAUUGGCGACAUUAUCUUCAUCCAAGGAAAUUCGUUCUGUUUUCUCAUUAAAAAUGGCUUGUUCAAGGUCAUUUAAGCAAGUUCAGCAGCUAAACAAAUCUGUAUGGGAUGUGAAUUCAACCAUUUCAUCAACCACUCUUCUAGAGAGUGCACAUUCAAUGACAACGAGAAACCUCUCUGAAAAUAACUUUCCUAAUUCUGGUACGAGCUUCCUUUAUGCAACAGAGUUAUCCGAUGUUGGAAAGAAUGAAUGCUUUAUUGAAGGAUGGGAUCUUGUUGAGCAUCCUACUUUUCCUCCACCACCAUCACAAUCGGAGGAUAUUGAACAUUGGACCCGAGCCAUGAUCAUUGAUGCGAAAAAGAAAUGAUCUGGUGGUAUAGCAGUUUUUCUACUUGAUGCUUGUGAAUGAAAAAAACCUAAGGAGAAAAGACUAGUAUCCAUGGAGGAUUAACUUUGUAAAAUUCUUUAAUAUGUUUGGCCUUGACGUUUUCCUUGUAAAUAGAGAGGGUUUUCUUUGGUUGUGUAUAUUUACUUGUAAAUAAGGUGGUUUUUAUUCCAAAUUUCUUUCUCUGUAACAGGAUUCGUAACUAGCUUAAAAACCUUUUAAAUUUAAUAAGAAAAUGGGUUAUUAUCUAUAUUUUAAUUAA